CAGAUCGCGCUGUGACGUAUCGUAUCCGUAUGGCGACCGAUGGCCGACGGGACGGGAAUGUGUACAGCUGCUGCUGCAGACUUUCUAUAAUAAUAUUGUACACAAUGUUCGGUGUUGUUGAUAACGACCAGAUUGACCAUUCGAGUGGACGUUGUUGGAGUAGGAAAAUUCAUUUGUUUUGGAAAAUCUCCUCGUCGUAAAUCGCCACCGAUCCGCCGUCGUGUGACCUACUGCUCAGCGACCUGCGGACGGCUGCGAGUUUGACGUUUCUCGCGCAUUAAGAGCACCGCAGGCCACACAGACCGUUGUUUGGCAUUUCUGUGUCCGUCCACAGCCUCAUAUUAUUAUGUGGCCCGUCCGUGAAAGUAAUGCCGGUUGACCGUGUCUGGUGAAGUAGGUUUUGCUUGUUUUGCGAAUCGCCGWAAUCAUGUUCGGCCCCAGCAACUGUACGUUACCACUGAACAAAGCUCAGGGUAACGAUUUGCAGUUACAAAAAGACGUCGAAAUGAAAGUCAUAAGUGAAUAUACGGAAGUGAUCAGCUCUUCUGAUGCAGAUAAAAUUAUUGAAUAUGAAAUAAUAACUGUUGGAGAGUUAGAAGAUAGAACAUUUACAAAUUUUGAAAAUUGUAUACCAAAUGAUUUAUAUAAUGAUGAUCAAGACUCUAUUUCAAGAUACCAAAUGUCUAUAGAAAAUAUAUCACUGACAAGUNAUACUGAUCAAAUAUUAUCUGAUGGUACAUAUUAUAAUAAUAAUCAAAAUUCCAUUUCAAGAUGUAAAAUGUCUGUAGAAGAGUUAUCGUCAUCAUGUAAUACUAAUCAUGUGCUYAAAGUAGAAAAUGAAAAUUCCAGUUUGGAUCAUUUAAUUGAAUGUGUGAUUGAUGAUACAUCAUAUGAAGAAAAUAAACAACAUAUAAAAGCAGAAUUAAGCUUGGACGAUGCUUUCAGACAAUGUUUAACUGAAAUGAAUAGUUACUUGUCCGAUGACAAUUAUAAUUUUGAUAAUAUUUUAAAACAAUUAAAUGAAAAUGGUUCAUCAACAGAAACCUAUCACAAAAGAAAAAUUUUACAUUCAGAUGAAUUAAAUGCUACUGAAACUGAUAAUGAUAAUAAUAGUAAUUGUACCUGUGGCUAUAAUGAAAACACUAAAAAAAAAAGAAUAGAUGAUGGAAUAAUUGACAUUUCAGCAGAAUCUGAUCUGAAAUCUUGUGAAGUAAUUCAUCAUGAUAUUUUUUACGAAGAAACAGAAUCUGAAAUUGAAUACCUUAAAAAGACUAAUAAGAGAUUUUUACAAAAAUGUAUUUGUCUUAAUUUACCACCAACGAUUGAUAAAUGUAUUGAAUGUCGUAUUUACCAAAUGAAAAGUAAUUUGACCAAACGUGAAUAUGAUAAUAUUGCAUGUAGGUUUUAUGCAUUUCGCCAAUUAAGAUUUCGAAAAUCUGGAUUACUAGCUGUUGCUGGAUAUCCAGAUCCUUUUAAAAAUAUGGAACAAACUGAUUUUAGUAUGUGGCUACCUAAAAAACAUGCAUCUGAUCCUUGUGAUUUUAAUAUUCAAGCAUCAACAAAAAUUUUAGAAGAUGCAGGUGGUCAGUUUUGUAUGUUUGUUAAGGAUGAAAUAAACGCAUUAAAAUUAAACUUGUCAUAUAAUGGGAAACCACGAAAGAUACUAUGGAAAAAAUGUGUAAAAGGAAUUAGAGAAAUGUGUGAUGUUUGUAGAACGACAAUAUUCAAUCACCACUGGAGUUGUCGUAAGUGUGGAUUUGUAGUCUGUGUUGAUUGCUUUAAGACCAAACUCAAAGAUACUGGACUGACUGAAAAUCAAACCAUUGUACAAAGCGAUUUCAACAAAAAAAAUUGGUUACUUUGUUCGAACGAAAAAGAGCAUCAGAUUGAAAAACUUUUUAUAACCCAAAUACUGGCUGGGGAUGCUUUAAAACGUAUUUCAGACCUCAUGCAUGAAACAUGUAACUCUCGUAACAUACCUUUAGAUUGUAGUUGCAAUGAUAAAUUGGAAAAGAUUUUACCUCUUAAUUCUAUUGAUCCUAUUUUUGAUGAUCUUUUUAAUAUCUAUGAACAACCUAACUAUGUUGAUACAAGUAGUAAUGAAGAAGAUACCUUAGAUCUAAAGUCUUUAAUAGAUAAACAAUAUGAAGAAUAUUUGGAGUUUUGCGAUGAUGAUUUAAAUAAAGGAACUGAAGAAUUUGUAUCAGAAAAUGAAUCUGAAGUUGAAUUUGAAGUUACAUCUGAAUUUGAAUUUGAAGUUACAUCUGAAGUUAGAUUUGAAGUUACAUCUGGGGUUGAAUCUGAAGUUACAUCUGAAGUUGAAUCUGAAGUUACAUCUGAAGUUGAAUCUGAAAUUAAAUCUGAAGUUAAUGAUUGCAAUAAUAGUAGUCCUAGAGAAAAUGUUGAAAAUUCAAUUAAUGCUGUUGAACAUAUCAAAACAAAAGAAUGGUUUCCACCAAAAUUAUCAUUGUUGUCAGAUGAUAAAUCCAAUGCACCUCAUAUGUGGUUGUGUGAAGGACAUCUGUUACGUUUAUUAGAUCCCAAAAGUGACAUUAACUAUACAAUUUUUCAGGAACAAUGGAGGCGUGGACAACCAGUAUUAGUGAGUGAUGUUGGCAAUAAAUUAAACUCCUCGUUAUGGCAUCCAAAAUCAUUUUCUCGUGAUUUUGGCAAUCAAAUUAAUGACCUGAUUGACUGUACCACCGGUAAUGUGAUAUCUGACCAACCAAUGAGCAAGUUUUGGAAUGGUUUUGAAAAUUCUGAGGAAAGAUUGUGUGAUAAAAUGGGAAAUGUAAUGCUAUUGAAAUUAAAAGAUUGGCCACCUUCGGCAGAUUUUGCAGAAACGUUGCCUAAUAGAUUUCAAGAUUUGAUGAAUUGCUUACCACUAAAAGAGUAUACACACCGUAAUGGUAAAUACAAUUUGGCUUCUCGUCUGCCAGAUUGCUAUGUUCGACCAGAUUUGGGGCCAAAAAUGUAUACAGCUUAUGGUAAUGMAGGUACAAAGCAUAAACAAGUAGGCACCACAAACCUGCAUUUAGACAUAUCAGAUGCUGUUAAUGUAAUGGUUUAUGUUGCAAUCACAAAAAAUUGCAAAGAAUAUGAUUAUGAUUGGCAUGUGAGGGAAGCAUUACAAGUCAUYGAAGAAGCCGGCUGUGAUGACUUGACAUUAAAACGGAUUUAUGAGCACGGAGAAACUCCUGGCGCCCUGUGGCAUAUUUACCAUGCAUCAGAUGCUGACUCGAUUAGAGAUUUGUUAAUUAAAGUCGCAGUUGAACAUGGAACACCUCUCGAACAAUUCAGCGAUCCAAUACACGAUCAGUCCCACUAUCUAGACGAAUACCUUAGGGAGCGCUUGUAUAGAGAAUACGGGGUCAAAGGAUACGCAAUUGUUCAGUAUUAUGGCGAUGCAGUGUUCAUUCCAGCAGGAGCUCCUCACCAGGUCAGAAAUUUACACAAUUGUAUAAAAGUUGCUGAAGAUUUUGUAUCACCAGAAAACGUCCAUCAUUCAUUUCGUAUGACUCAAGAGUUUCGACAUCUAACUGACAGUCAUACUAAUCACGAAGACAAGUUACAGAUCAAAAAUAUUGUGUUUCAUGCAGUUAAAGACUCAAUUUCAGUAUUGAUGCAUUCCUCACAUGAUCGAUGUACCAAUGUAUAAAUUUUUUUUAGGUAUUAACAAUUUGUACAAUGGUGUAAAGAAUAUUAACAAAGUUAAAAGAUUUGUUGCACCCAGAAAAUACUUUUUAAAUCUUUUUUUUUACAUUUCAAUGAGAAAUUACCAUUAAGUUGCCAUCUCAUCUUUAGUCAGUUUUUUUAAAAGUUUUAAUUUUUUUAAAUWACAUAUAAUAUACACAAAAUAUAUCAAUUGU